CGCUCCGUAAGUGCAUGCUUGUUUGCUUCCAGUGAUGCCGAUGUUUCCCGCACCCGCAGUUAUUGUGGUUUGUGGAGAUUCCCUCAGUGUGGUAUUGCUUUUUCACAAUCUCUUUUGCUUUUGAAUUUAAGAAAAAAUCUUUUCGAGAUCAUUCACCAUGGUUGAUAUCAACUUGAGUGAGGCAGAGAAACGAUAUAUCAUAGAUGGAGUUAAGCUCGGCAUUCGAGCAGAUGGCCGUGGUCCACUAGAUUACAGAGAGCUGGAGUUAGAAACUGGUGUGCUGGAUACAGCAAAUGGCUCUGCUCGAGUGCGGCUACACAGGACAGAUAUUCUGGUCACUGUAAAGAUGGAGCUAGAGCCACCAUUGCCUGGACGGCCAAACCACGGCAAACUUUUGUUUUUUGUUAACUGUUCUGCCAACGCUGCUCCUGAGUUUGAAGGUCGUGGAGGAGAAGAGCUGGCAAGUCGACUGAGCAGCGUCUUGGAGCGCCUCUACAGCGAUGCCAAUGCAUUCAACACAGCUGGCCUGGUUGUAGUGCCUGGCAAAUAUGUUAAGGCUUUCUACGUUGAUGUUGAGGUAUUAGAGUGUGGUGGUAAUCUUUUUGAUGUAGUAUCUCUGGGUGUAAAAUCCGCCUUGUACGCAACCCGUACUCCACGCAUCACCAUCACAGGGGAGGACGGUGGAGAGCUAGAAUUUACACUCUCAGACAACCCAUACGACGUCGACCGACUCGACGUUACCAAUGCUCCUAUUCUCAUUACGCAUUUGAGGAUAUCAGAAGGAAUAACAAUAGUGGAUCCUACAAUUGAGGAAGAGCAAUGUGCCCCCGUGAGCGUGGUGGUUGGUGUGGCUCCCAACGCCACCAUCUGCGCCGUGCAUCUUCUGGGUCCAGGCACCAUCGGGCCCCACACACUCAAAAAAGCUCUCAAGGGAAGUGCAGUGCUCGGGGCCGAAAUUCACGCUCGCCUCAUCGCAAAGCUGAAGCAAGAAGAAAGCAUUCCUGACAGACGCAUACGAGGUUUUCUCGGAUAACAUUGCUACUUUCCAAUUUUUUGCCCAUAAAUGUUCUUAAAAAAGCGAAA